GGCUUUCCUGAGAAUGCCACGAGCAUUUCCAACCAUGGGAAGCGACGAGCCGCCCACCUCGUCCACCAGAUCCGUUUCAGAAUCUGGCAACGAAAUACCGAAUUUAACGCACUCGGAGGAGCACGUCCACCCGCCGAUAUAUUCGAACUCGAGAGUCAUCACUAUUCAGCCGCAACAUAGGCUCGGUAAUCAGCCACCUAGAACGCCCUUCCCUGUAAAUACGGUGGACUGGGUUUCAACCCCUAGAUCGCAGUUAAGCGUGAUUUUCGGAUCUUCCUUCCUAGCUGGCACCGAACAAUUGGAGAUUCAGCCCGUCGUCGAUUUGAGUACUCUCUUGGGUCAGUCCGAUUCGGGGAACCAGUACAAGAUCAAAGUCCCAAGAGCGGAGACGUUAUUUCUGGUAACCGAAACAUCGACGAAAUGUCAAAGGGACGUCCUGGGCUCUUCGAGGGGAUUCACCCUGAAAGCCGUGGAUCCGACUGGACAAGUUGCGUUCACCUUUAGAAAGCCCAUCACUUGGGGAUGCGUCCCGGGCUUGUUGCACAAACUGACGGUAGAGAGUUCCGAACCGAUUGGAAGCGUGGAGCAGAACUUCUCGUUGUUCGGAUUGAGCUUCACCGUUUACGACGAGAAACGCGCACCUUUCUACAAAAUCAGCGGACCUAGCGUCGGUUGCUGUUGCAUUUACGAGGAAUCGCAGUUUCAGAUUUUAUCUUUGGAUGGAACGCAUCAGGUGGCAUCCUUGAUACAUCACUGGGAUCAUCUUCUCGUAGAAUAUGUUCUACUUCUUACGGUCCCAGCAGACAUGAAUGUGAAAUUAAAGGGUCUGUUACUUGGUGCUUCGUUUCUUUUGGAAUACUUAUACUUUGGGCGUUACAAGAAAUCUAGAAGACAUCGAACAAAUUGAGACUAGUCAAUUUCUACAGAACCGACAGCAUCGCACGGAGUAUCUUUACAUUUCGGGACUGGAUAAGUUAUGAGACGCGGACUGCAGUUUGUAUCGACGAUUCCGACUGUAGGUAUACACAUUUGUGCAGCAUCUUUAA